AUGGAUUUUAAUUUGGAACUAAAACCGAACGGUCCUUUCUACGAUCGAUUCGAAACAAGUCCCUAUGACGAAAUUGUCAUUUCGGGUAUCAGUGGUCGCUUUCCGAAUUCGCGCAACGUCGACGAGCUCGCGUACAAUCUGAACAACAAGAUUGAUUGUUGCGACGACAGGGAAGUGCGUUUUCCUCAUCGCAAGGGCAUUCCGAAACGUCAUGGCACAAUACACGGUUUGGAGAAAUUCGAUGCCUCGUUUUUCGGUAUGAAUCAAAUGGUUGCAAAUGCUUCAAAUCCGCAGAUUCGGUGCUUUGUUGAGGAAGCAUUUGCAGCCGUUUUGGAUGCUGGCAUGAAUCUCGUCGAUAUGAAGGGAUCGAACACGGGUGUUUAUACGGGUUGCAUUUCCAUGGAGAGCUCCGAGGCGACUUUUAAGAUGGGCGUUUUCAAUGGGUAUUCUAUCGUUGGGGAGAGCCGCGGAAUGUUGUCAAGUCGUGUUUCGUAUGCCAUGGAUUUGAAAGGACCCUGUUUCAUGGUCGAUUCUGCUUGCAGUAGCGGUGUGACAGCUUUUAAUAACGCUUACAUGGCAAUCCGUAGUGGCGAAUGCGAUGCAGCGAUUGUUGGGGGAGCAAAUUUGUGCAUGUCACCACUAAGUUCGUUGCAAUUUGCAAAGCUUGGAGUAACGUCGGCAGACGGUUAUUGUCGCCCAUUCGAUCAAAACGCUACCGGGUACACACGUGCCGAGGCAAUUUCCGCCAUUUUUCUGCAAAAACGUAAAUUCGCAAAACGCGUUUACGCCACUGUGGUGCAUUCGAAAAUCAAUUGCGACGGAUACAAGCCGGAAGGUAUCACAUAUCCAUCGUGUGUCGUUCAACAAAGUCUUUUGGACAAGUUUUACCAAGAAAUAAACUUGAAUCCAUCCAUUGUGGAUUACAUUGAAGCACAUGGAACUGCCACCAUUGUCGGAGACACCGAAGAAUGUCGAGCAAUUUACCAAACAUUUUGUAAAAAUCGCAAAGAUCCACUGUUAAUAGGGUCUGUCAAAUCCAGCAUCGGGCAUACGGAACCCGUUUCAGCCCUUUGUUCUAUAGUAAAGUUGAUUUUGACUCUGGAAUCUGGCAAAAUUUCGCCCAAUAUCCAUUUUGAAAAGCCCAAAGACGAAAUCACUGCAUUGAAAGAAGGUCAUUUGAAGGUCGUUACUGAAUUGACAGACUUACCUGGACCGCUAGUGGCAUGCAGUUCAUUCGGAUUCGGCGGCUCAAAUGGGCAUGUUUUGCUGCGACAACAUCCAAAGCGCAAAAUUAACUUUGGCAUUCCAGCUGAUGGGCUUCCACGAUUGGUUUGCUGGUCCGGGCGUACCGAGGAAAGUUGUAAUGUGGUCUUCGAUGACAUCGUUAAACGACCUUUGGAUGCUGAAUUCGUCGGUUUGGUACACAAUUGUCAGUCGAAAUCGCUUCAGGCAUACAUGUAUCGCGGUUAUGGAGUUUUUAGUCAAGAAGGUGAUGGAAAUGCGACUUGCGUGGCACGCGCAAUUGAACGUAGCAAGAGUAAACGUGCUCCAAUGGUAUGGGUUUAUUCGGGUAUGGGAUCUCAAUGGGCACAAAUGGGAAGCUCUUUAAUGGCAUUGCCGAUAUUCAGACAAUCGAUUGAGGCAUCGCAUCGUUUAAUGGAAGGGAAAGGAUUGAAUUUAAUUGAAAUUAUCACUUCUGAAGACCCAAAAAUAUUUGACAAUAUUUUACACUCAUUUGUGGGCAUCGCCGCAAUCCAAAUCGCUCUCACAGAUAUUUUGUGGGAAAUGAAUCUUGAACCGGAUUACAUCAUUGGACAUUCCGUCGGGGAACUUGGAUGUGCUUAUGCCGACAAAUGUUUAACGGCUGAAGAAAUGCUAAUGUGCGUAUAUUACCGAGGAUUAGUCAGCAUCGAGACGGAAGUAAUUCACGGAUCUAUGGCUGCCAUUGGACUCAGUUACAAACAAAUUCUACCGAUGUUACCGGAAGGCAUCGAAGUUGCUUGUCACAAUGGACCGAAUUCUUGCACACUUUCGGGACCCUCAAAUUUGGUUGCAAAAUUCGUCAAAGAACUCACCGACAAAGACAUCUUUGCGCGAGAAGUGCCUUGCUCAAACAUUCCGUAUCACAGCAAAUAUAUCGCCAACAUGGGUCCAAAACUCUUUGAGCGGCUCCAAAAUGUGAUAACUUUACCGAAAGAACGUUCCGCAAAAUGGCUCAGCUCAAGCGUACCAAAAUCCGAUUGGGAUACUCCCGAAGCGAAAUUCUGCUCAGCUACGUAUCAAACAAAUAAUUUAUUGAGUUCCGUUCUUUUUGAGGAAACGAUGCGAUAUUUACCCGAAAAUGCAGUUACCGUUGAAAUUGCGCCGCAUGGAUUGAUUCAGGCGAUUUUGAAGAAAGCGAUGCCGGAAUCAACGCACAUUAGUUUGACGCAACGUGGAAAUUUGAAAAAUAUUAAUAUUUUAUUGAGCGGUUUGGGAAAAAUUUAUACUCAGGGAUUCGAUAUGCCUGUGGAAAAAUUAUAUCCUCCAGUUGAGUUUCCUGUUUCAGCGGAGACCCCGAAGAUUUCUCCGCUGAUAAGAUGGGAUCAUUCAAUUGAUUAUAAAGUUGUUAGUUGCGACCAAGAUAGGCUUGAUCGAGGAGCAGAGCAAAAGUUUAAUAUUGUGAUUUCAAAUAAAGAAGAUGAAUAUAUCACCGGGCAUAAAAUUGAUGGAAGACUCCUAUAUCCAGCAACGGGGUAUUUAUAUCUCGCGUGGGUUGCAUUUGCGCGUUAUCAAUGCGAAGACGCAGAAGCAAUUAACCAACCAGUCGAAAUCUCGAAUGUAAAAUUGGUGCGAGCGACAUCGAUGAAAAGAGACUCGAACACCAUCCUCAAAGUUGUCUUGCAUCCGGGCACGGGAAAAUUCGAAAUAACAGAAUCCAAUGAUACAGUAGUAACGGGAACAAUUAAAGCCCUCGAAAAGUUUAUUGAACCUUCUGAUCGACCUGAACCCUCAUCUGACGCCGUUAUGAUGGGUGCUUCUGAUUUCUACAAAGAAUUGAGACUCCGUGGCUAUAACUACGAUGGCGAAUUUAAAUCCGUAAAGGAAGCUGCCUCCGACGGCUCGGUGAUUAAAAUCGCUUGGAAAGACAAUUUCGUCUCGUUCAUGGACUGCAUGUUACAAAACGAAAUACUUAAAUACGAUUCGAGAACCGUUAUGAUACCAACGUCAAUCGAAACAGUGCAAAUUGAUCCGAAACUCUUCAUGGAAUCGUUGCCAAAAGUCGCAGAAAAUGAACCCGUAAUCGUCGAGGUGCAUUCCAUCAAAGAAUUUCAAUGCAUCGAAACAAGGGGAAUUCGCAUUCAAGGUCUUGAAGCGACUUCUAUCAUGCGUCGCAAGCCUCCAGGCGAGCCAAUUCUCGAAACUUAUCAAUUCAUUCCGUACAUUUUACCGCAAAAUUUGAAUUUAGCAAACGCUUUGCGCGUUUUCGUUCAAUUGGGCCUCGAAAUUUCGCCAGCUUUCAAGUUUAAAGUACUGGAAAUCGGAGAUGAAACAUGCAAACCGGUGAUUUCUUACGUUCAAAGGGCAUUAGAAGACCUGCCAUUAGUCGCAGCAGAGUUGACUUUACUGUCUGACGAGCCAGAUCUAGAAAUUCCUGGAAUAACGAUCGAUGCUGAAAAUGAUUUUACGAAAUUUGCCGAUUGUUUGUUCAUUAUUGCCCGUAAUAUUGCCUCAGAUUCCGCUAAAUUGGAAGAAAUUUCGCGUUCUUGCAAAGAUGAAGGGUUCAUAAUUUCAAUGGAAAGUUAUGAUUUUGAUACCAGCGGAUUUUCGUUGCCAUCGACGUUUGAGUUGCUUUCGGUCAUAGCGAUCGAUGGAAAUUCGUUGUUGAUGAUGCGACACAUUAAAAAGCGGGAAGAACGAGUUGCAACGUAUCUUACAGUUUCAAUACACGACAAAGAGUUCCAAUGGUUGGACAAAGCUAAGGAAGCAAUAAAGCAAGGAACGCUUUACUUAAUUUCUGAGAAUGAACCGGAAAACGGUCUCAUUGGUUUCGUUAAUUGUUUGAGAAAAGAACCAAAAUCCGAGGCAAUUUGUAUCUUCAUUGACGACAAAUCUGCGCCAAAAUUCGAUCCAGAGCUGCCAUUUUAUCGGGAACAAAUCGAAAAAGGUCUCGCCAUAAAUGUCUUGCGUGAUGGCGUUUGGGGCAGUUAUCGUCAUUUGCCUUUGGAAACUCCAAAGGACCCUCAGCCACAAAAAUCUCACUGUUUCGCGAGUAAUUUGGUCAAAGGAGAUCUCUCAUCACUCGCAUGGUUCGCAGGUAAAUUAGACGUUACGCAAUCCGACAUCGUUCGUGUUCGUUAUGCAUCUUUGAAUUUCCGUGACGUCAUGAUAGCGACGGGAAAACUCGAUGUCAACAUGGUGUAUUCGCGUCACGAGCAAGAUUGCAUUACAGGAUACGAAUUUUCAGGCAUCACAGGGGACGGAAAACGCGUAAUGGGCAUGUCAGAGUACGGAGCAAUGGCAACGCAUGUGAAAACAAUGGAUUAUUUAACGUGGCAAGUUCCGCCGCAUUGGACUUUGGAGGAAGCAGUAACAAUUCCCGUUGUAUAUGCGACAGUUUACACGGCAUUUUUCGUCGAAACACAAAUCCAGCGUGGCAAGAAGAUCUUAAUUCAUGCGGGAACCGGAGGAAUUGGACUGUCGGCAAUACGGGUGGCAUUGCAUUACGGGCUGGAUGUGUUUACGACAGUUAGUACGGAACAGAAGAAGGAAUAUUUGUUGACUACUUUUCCAUCACUGAGGGCAAGUCAGAUCGGGAAUUCACGAGAUACGUCAUUUUAUAAGAUGGUUAUGGGUGAAACGAAAGGCGCUGGAGUGGAUUAUGUGCUGAAUUCGUUGGCGGAUGAUAAACUUAUUGCUUCGUUAAAAUGCUUGGCGGAAAAUGGACAUUUUCUGGAGAUUGGCAAAUAUGACAUUUUGAACGAUAGCAAAAUUGGACUAGGGCACUUUAAAAAAAAUAUCACUUUCCAUGUGAUCAUGUUGGAUAGGGACAUGCGAUUUGGAGAAUCAUCAUCAUUUUCAAAAGUGCAUCAACUCAUUGAAACCGACAUCAAAAAUGGUAUUAUUGUACCUUUGAAAUCGACAGUAUUUGAAGCAAAUGACAUAGAAAAGGCUUUCCGCUUCCUUGCGAGUGCCAAACACAUUGGAAAAGUCCUUUUGAAGGUUCGCGAUGACGAUUUCAGCGAGGAAUCCGUGCCGAUUGUGAAACAUCCCGUGAUGUAUUUUAAACCUAAUUUAUCGUAUGUAAUUCCCGGCGGCUUGGGGGGCUUCGGAUUAGAAUUAGCAGAUUGGAUUGUGCUUCGUGGAUGCAAAAAUCUCGUCUUAAGUUCCUCCAAAGGUAUCAGCAAGCCGUAUCAACAAUACCGCAUCAACUUGUGGCGAUCAUAUGGCGUUCAAGUUGUUAUCAGCACGGAUGACAUCACAACUCCUGAAGGAUGUCACGACUUAAUUAAAGCCGCUAUGGAACUUGGACCUGUCGGAGGCAUUUUCAAUCUUGCUGUCUUAUUGAGAGACGAACUUUUUGAGAACAUGGAUGGAGAAAAAUUCAAAGAAUCGCUCGCUGUGAAAGCAUAUGCCACAAAGUAUUUGGAUGAAAUUUCGCGAAAACUUUGUCCGCAUCUCGAACAUUUUGUCGUUUUCUCUUCCGUUUCAUGUGGCAGAGGAAAUGUCGGACAAACGAAUUACGGCAUGGCCAAUUCCGUGAUGGAACGCGUCGUCGAAGCUCGUGUUCGAGAUGGUUUGCCGGGAAAAGCGAUUCAAUGGGGGGCGAUUGGGGAAGUUGGUCUCGUCGCUCAAAUGGCAGAAAAUAGAAUUGACAUGGAAAUUGGGGGAACGCUUCAACAAAGGAUCUCCUCGUGUCUUCAAGUGCUCGAUAUUUUGCUCUCGUGUCCCGAUGCUGUCGUUGGAAGUAUGGUUGUUGCAGAAAAAAGGGCUUGCGCCGGUGCGGGAAUAGUCGAGACAGUGAUGAACAUCAUUGGAAUCAAAGACGUCAAAUCAAUUCCGAUGGACCAAAAACUUUCCGAAGUGGGAAUGGACUCUCUCAUGGCAGUUGAGAUCAAACAAACGCUCGAACGUGACUAUGAUUUGGUACUUUCGCCACAACAAUUGCGAGAUUUGACGUUGCAAAGUUUGACUGAUAUGGCAAGCACAAAAUCCACGAAAAAAGUUGAGGCAGACUCCAAACAAAAUUUCCUCGAUUGGUCGUUUAGAAAUUUGGGAGACUCAGAGACUUUUACCGAGUUAAUCAUGAAAUUGAACACAAAACAACAAAGUAAGGAUUGCGCAAUAAUUUUGCCUGGAGUAGAAGGCCUUGCAGGUAAAAUUUGGAACGAGUUGGGAGAAAAAUUGAAUUUUUCAGCGAAAAUUGUUCAAUAUAUCAACGCUGAGUCAGAAACGCUCGAAGAAAUCGUCGAUGAACUAAUGGAAAAAAUACGCGAACAAAUCCUCAAUGGAUCCGAAACCUUCACAAUUAUCGCUUAUUCCUUCGGAUCUCUUCUAGCUUUGACUUUGGUGCGCAAGCUCGAGACACUUGGCAUCUCGGGAAAACUUGUACUGAUCGAAGGUUCUCCAUUGUACCUCAAAAAACCCCUCGAAACGGUAUUUUCGUCGACAAAUAAUCCAAAAGCUGCACUGGAGUUCCAUUGCGCCGCAACCAUUUUAGGAAUUCUUGCUCCAAACAAGUCACAAGAUAGUCUAUUGAAAUGCAAGUCGUACGGGGAAAUGAUCGAGUUUAUAAUUAUCGAGGGAAAAGACGCUCCUUUCUCGGAUGAAAAUAAACGCAUGAUGAUGUACAAAUUGAGAAACCACGUAAAAAUCGUUUACGAACUGGAUGUGGAGAAUUUCCCGAAAAUCAAGUCGAACAUUAUGUUGAUUCGAGCAAGUGAACCGAUGCUAUCAGAUAUUGAUGAAGAUUAUGACUUAUCUGAUGUUACAACUGGUGAAGUGACGAUGAAAUGUAUUGAAGGAAACCACAUGACGAUUAUGGAAACGAAUGAUUUGGCGGAAACUCUUAAUGAAAUUGUAGUUUGA